GAAAAGCUCCGCUCGAGCUCUAAACGAUAAACGCUACUGCAGAAAUUCGCUGUUCUCCGUACGGACAUCCACGUUACCGUGCCAGGCCUUGUCAUAUAAGAGCUCCAUAUUCAGAUACGCAAGCUUCAUGUAUAGCCAUACCUCCUAUAAGGCGAAGUCCACGAGAUAAGAUGCGAGAAAAUAUGAACUUCAAGAAGUUGCUCAGCCGAAUGUAGAACUUUGAUCAAGAAUGUGUCGCAGUAGACGCCGACACCACAGUACUCUGUCAUUUCCCUACGUCCGAAGUUCCUUACAACACUCUGCAUCGUCUCAGGCUUGAUUUAUUUUGUAUUUCUACAACCGACUCCUCGUUUUGAAUCUCUGAAUAAUUCACCGCGAGUUCCUUUCCUAAUCUCUAUCUGGUCUUGUGGUCUUGGUGCUACGUCGGCGCAAUGUUCUCAGCUUGGAGCAAUCUCAAGCUAUUACUCUGUCUGACUUUGGGUUUUGCUGUGCUUCCCUUCGGAGUAAUUGCAGCGGGAGAUGCAAAGCUGGCAAAUAGGACUAUUGAAAGAACCGUAUCCCUCCGCACACACUCGAUAUACCCACCAUACAUCGACCAAGACCUACAGAAUCGAUGGUGGGACUUUGGAGCUGAUGCAUAUAUCAACACGAAUAAGCAUAUCCGACUAACAAGGGCACGUCCUUCACAAAUGGGCUGGCUGUGGUCCCGACUUCCACUAACAUCCGCCAACUUCAUUGUUGAAGUCGAAUUCAAGAUCUCUGGAGACACCGGUCACUUAUUCGGUGAUGGACUUGCGAUUUGGUUGACAACGACUCGAGCGCAACCUGGACCUGUAUUCGGAAGCGUUGAUAAUUUUGAAGGACUGGGCGUCUUUCUUGAUACAUACGCAAACUCGCGACAUGGCUACGCGUUCCCUCGUGUAGUAGGCAUGCUCGGAGAUGGCAAGACUUCGUACGACCUCGAGAACGACGGCGAGGCGACUAAAAUUGGUGCCUGCGGUGCAAAUUACAGGCGGACGAAUGUUGCGACAAAGCUGAAGAUUACCUACAUCAAAGACGCGUAUCUUGACGUCAAGAUUCAAUAUAAGGCCUGGGAUGAAUGGUCAGACUGCUUCACCGUACCCAACGUGGAACUACCUCUAGCUCCUUUCCUUGGGUUCUCUGCUUUGACCGGAGAUGUCUUCGAUAACCACGAUAUCAUCUCCAUUACGACCUACUCCGCAAUUCUUUCCUCACCGGACGCCCCUCGAGACAAGAUUGGUGUCGGCAUCGGCUCGUCGUCCCGACUUGCCGGAUCCUCAUCGUACUUCUGGACUCUCGUCAAGUUUGCGCUCUUUGUUGGUGUAUGCGCUGGCGCGUUCUAUGGUUACAGGACAUAUUCGUCGAGACAGGGUGGCGCCGGGUUGGGAAUGGGAGGGCAGAGAUUUGGGAACAACUUCGGUGGCUUAUAUGACUCGAAACGAUUCUAAGUAAUCUUUUUGGGGCUCCUGUGCAUACUCUGGAUAUCCGAGUACCUUUAUAAGGCCGCAUGGUCACGAGGAUUAAGAGGAUCGUAUUUAUUAUAACUUUGGUGGGCAUGCUUUCAAUUUGAUUUUCCUAUAUCCAAUGGAACAACAAGCUGCCUAUAGUCUUGUAACCUGCGCUUCUCUUCCUCCCUCCACCCGUGGGCCCUCUACUUAUGCUCAGAGCCUCAGUUGAGGGUCUAGGACAACGCUUGUUUCUAGUUUUUCUGAGAUAGAUUCCGUCAGUGAUCAAGCACGGUCAGUCUUCAUAUGGAAUGCACAGUAGUUCGUGAUAGCAACGAGGCAUUGAAACCUGCCGUGAAGUCUGUAUUGACAGACCUCCAUGUAAUCGCCUCUGAAGCGUUAGCAUUAUUCUAUACAAGCAUAUGAACACAGGCGACGGAUCUGUCAAAUUCUGCCCAUAGUUGUCCCAUUGACAAGCAGAUGAGAUCCUAGCCCGGCCCUACGCAUUCUGCACCGUAGAAGCAUUUUCUCUGCAUGUAUGCUAGUCUGUAGGAGUUCAAGGGUACAUUUCCCAUGAAUUGAAUGGUACGUGGAAGGUCCAACAGGGAGGACGAACGA